AUGGCGGCUGCUCCUGCUGGUGUGUGCCAACUUGAAGAAGAGGCGCUGAUGCAGAAAGAAAGACUGAAGGCCCUCCGGGAGAAAACUGGGUGCAAGAACAGGGGAGAUGGGAAGUCACAGUGCAAGAGGCUCAGAGAAGAGGAAGAGGAGCACAGGGAACACAGGUUUCAGAACUAUGUCCCAGAGGAUACAGAUCCCAAACGAUCUAGAGUCCCCCAGGCCCAACCAGUUGCAGUGGAGCAUAAAGUGAAGAAGCAGCUGGAGGCUGCCCAGCCAGAGCCUAUCAUUGAGGAAGUGGACUUGGCCAACCUGUCACCUCAGAAACUGGAUUGGGAUCUCAAGAGAGAUGUGGCCAACAAGCUGGAGAAGCUGGAGAAGCAGACCCAGAGAGCCAUCCCAGAGCUGAUCCGAGAACGGCUGAAAGGCCAUUAG